AACUUGUACGAGUAUCAUAUAUAUACGUGGAAGAACCCAAUUGUUCUUGGAAUAGAGUGAUCGAAGUCAUAGAAGCACAAGGCCCUCUCGAUCAGUCAAUUGUUGAGAUCCUAUUGAGAAUUAUGGGCAUGGCAAAGCUAAAGAUAGCAGGGGCAUGGAGUGGGGUACUGGAGGUCGAACCGGAGGAGUGGACGGUGGCUAUGCUGAGGGAAGAGGUUGUCCGGCGAUCGGGCUGCGUUCCGCCGGAGUCCGUAAACCUCAUCUCCGCCGGGAAAUUGCUGAAAGACGGUGACGGGUCUGAGAAACUCAGCCAAUUUGGCAUAAAAAAUAACGCCAAGAUUUUGGCCUCUAAGGUUUCUCUCGACAAGGGCAAGUCGUUUAAGGAGGAAUCUUUGGCCGAGGAGGAACGCUCUUCAAGGCUUUCCAGGCUAAAGGCGGCUGCAACUGCAUUGUCUCAGAGACAUGCAGAAGGCACAUUGCCUGUUGAAGACUUCAACUUAGAACUUGAAAACCAGAGCGGAGAAAAAGUGCAGCUUGGAUCUGAUACUGAUCAGCGAGCAAUAAUGAUGGGCCUCAUGCUUCAUGCAAAUGGCAAAGCACUUAUCAGAAAGCAACAGUUUAAAGAAGCACUUGAGGUUCUAACAAUGGGAGAGGAGGCCUUCUCUCUUUGCAAUCCCAAAGUUAUUGAGUUGGUUGACAAUGUAGCCAUUCUACAAAUAGACUUGGUGUGGUGUUACUUCAUGCUCAAAGACAUGAGUUGGCUCUCAGAUGCAGGCGCCCGUCUUGCAAAAGCCAGGGAAGGCCUUGAGCGUGCUCAUGGUAAGGAAGCUAGUCGUGUUAGACUUCUUCAGGGUGGACGCUAUCUGGAGGUUGCCUUGCAUGUACGGCUGGAGCUGUUAGAAGGAGUUGUUGCAUAUCACAGUGGUUGGUUACAAAAAUCUAGACAAUCUCUGAGUUCUGCCCAAGCCAAAUAUAUCCAGCUUCAAAUUCCUGAUGAGGCGUUGUCAUUAAUUAUGAGCAUGGGCUAUAAAGAAAGAGAUGCAAAGAAAGCACUGAGAAUGAACAAUCAAGAUGUUCAAAGCGCUGUUAAUUUUUUGAUUGAGGAGAAAGAGAAAAACAAAAGGAAAAAAGAGGAGAAUCUUACUAGACAAAGAGACCUCCUGGAGCAAAGACUCUACGGAAUGACUGCUCUAAAAAAAGCUGUUAAUCUCCACUAUCUAAAUGAAUUGGUUUUGGUCGGGUUUGAGAAGGGGCUUGCUGCAGAAGCCCUCCGUAGAAAUGAAAAUGACAUGCAGAAGGCUCUGGAUGACCUCACUAAUCCACAAACCAAUUCUGCUAUUCAGCAACACAUUGAGUCAAACAAAAAGAAAAGGUUGCGUAAUGCACAGAAUGCCGCAAUUGAACAGAUUGCUGCUAUGGGUUUCCCAAGAGAAUCAGUGAUCGCAGCUGUUCGCACUUUUGGGACACGGCAAACAGCUUUGAAUAACCUUCUAGGCCAAUCUUCUUCGUCCAUUACCAGCAAUCUUGCGCCAGUUGGCAACGAAGGCGGCUUGGGGCAAGAUGGUAAUUUCCCAAACAAUGAUGGCGAACAGGCAUCGGGUAGGAAUGAAGAUUUAGAGGAAGACGCUUUUGGAAAUCAAAGUGAGACUGGAUUAGUACAGGAGACCCGUGACGUUGAAAUGGAGAGGGAGCUUACUGAGGAAUUGCUGAAAGGAGACGCCUACUCUGACUAUGACCUUGAGCUUACCAAAGAAGGCGAAGGGAUCGCCCAAUAUCUGACUCUUUUAACAUCUUCGUGCUAAAUCGUUUGUACCAAUCUGCUUGUAAAUUUCUCUUAGAUCACGAACUGCUGGAAUAUGUGUUUGUUUGAAUGAGUAUCUGCCUGUUCCAUAUUUCUUGGUUUC